AAUAAACGAGAUGUGCGAACUAGGCAGACUGCGCGUGCUACUCUUAUAAGACAUCCAGCAUAAACAAUGUAAAAUGCCGAACUUAAGUUUUUUUUUAUUUUUAUAUAAAGGUGUGCGUUCAUAUCAGAGUGGACAGCCUAAUGCCCGUGUCCAAGAAAUGUUGCCUAGAUAGGCAGCUCACUUGAGGCCUAAUCAAGCUGUAAGCUCACAGGUGCGGUCGCGAGGAUGUUUCUCCUGAAGAUAUUCUUGGCCAUAUCCCUUAUAACUUUACUUAUGUUUAUUUCUGUAACAUUGUACAAUGGAAACUGCACUCUGAAGGCACGACAAUAUGAUUUCUCACGGGUGGAGGAAGGCAAUGUCGCAGAUUGUUUGCAGAGAGUUAAGAAGACUGAACCAACAACUAACAGUUCAGCUGUGACUGACACAGGAGCAAACACUACAAUGAGCCCUGAUCCUCUUGGGACUAAAUCAACCCUUUUACCAGUUAUGGACAAGCACAACUUUACCUCUCUGCCCCAGUGGAAAUUUGAUGAUACAUAUCGGUUGGAUCCACAGUUUAAACAGAGUAAAUGCACGGUAUCCUUGCGAAAUUCCUCUAAUCCUGUGUUUAAGGAGAAGUUUAUUCCAAACAUUCAGCUGUUUUCACAAAGUGAUCAUCUCAACAUGAGUGAGUGGAACCGACUUUAUCACUUCAACAACCCCUUUGGCUAUAUGGGACUAAAUUACUCAGCCACAAAAGCAGCUGUUGACACCAUCCCUAAACUAGCAUCUACCCAGCUACUACAAGUACCCAUAAGAGCAAAGGAUGGCUGUAUUCGCUGUGCUGUUGUUGGGACUGGCGGCAUUCUCAAUGGCUCCAGGCUAGGAAAGGAGAUUGACUCUUCUGAUUAUGUGUUCAGGGUGAAUGCAGCCAUUAUAGCAGGCCAUGAGGAGGAUGUUGGGAAAAGGACGUCCGUUUAUGUGCACACAGCACAUUCCUUAAUCCAGUCCCUCAUGGUACACAAAAAGAGAGGUUUCAAACAGAUUCCUACUGACAAGGACAUUAAAUAUGUUCUAAUCCCUGAGGGUCCAAGAGACUACAACUUUCUUGAGUCCCUUAUGAAGAAUAGAAGAAUACCAUCAGGAGCAUAUCGUGGACGAACGCCAAGAAACCGAAAAGUUGCCGAAUUAACCACACAGAGUUGCAGUUACCAAACGAGAAGCUCCACACUUUUUUUUUUGGAGUGUACAUACACUGGCAGCUCCGAAGGCUGCUCAAAAUGCCAUAGGGUUUUUACAUAGGGUCUUUAUCUUAUUUUUAAUUUAAAUAAAAUGCAGUUUUCUUACCGGCCAAUGGUGAUUCUGAAAUAAACAUGCCAGGAUCCUACUGUUAGGUAUGUACUAAUAGGGAAACUACUACUGUAACGAACACAACUUUUAUGCACAUGAGAUUGCCAGAUAAACAGAGCAGUCUUAUUUCGGUGUUCUUAUUAAUGUUGUGGUGAUUUCAGAAGUUAGCUUCGCACAUUCAAUUUAACAUCAAGUUAAAGACGGCGAACUUUAUCAUUCAAUUUUAGACACUUAAUGUAUAUUCUUGCUGCAUCAGCGUAAUAAA